GGCGGGCCCAGAAAGGUGAGGGGCGGGGAGCGCGGUGGAGCGAAACUUGGGUGAGAGUGCUAAGAUGGCAGCAGCAGACGGGGAGCCGAAGCCCAAAAAGCUGAAGGUGGAAGCGCCGCCAGCACUGAGUGAAAAUGUUCUCUUUGGGAUGGGAAAUCCUCUUCUUGACAUCUCUGCUAUAGUGGACAAAGAUUUCCUUGAUAAGUAUUCUUUGAAACCAAAUGACCAAAUCUUGGCUGAAGACAAGCACAAGGAAUUGUUUGAUGAACUUGUAAAAAAAUUCAAAGUUGAAUAUCAUGCUGGUGGUUCAACUCAGAAUUCAAUUAAAGUGGCUCAGUGGAUGAUUCAGCAGCCACACAAAGCAGCCACAUUCUUUGGAUGCAUUGGGAUAGAUAAAUUUGGGGAGAUCCUCAAGAGCAAAGCUGCUGAGGCCAACGUGGAUGCUCAUUACUAUGAGCAGAAUGAGCAGCCGACAGGAACCUGUGCUGCGUGCAUCACUGGUGGCAACAGGUCCCUUGUUGCUAAUCUUGCUGCUGCCAAUUGUUAUAAGAAGGAAAAUCACCUUGAUCUGGAGAAAAACUGGAUGUUGGUAGAAAAAGCAAGAGUUUGUUAUAUAGCUGGCUUUUUUCUUACAGUGUCCCCAGAAUCAGUAUUAAAAGUGGCUCAAUAUGCUUCUGAAAACAACAGGAUCUUCACUUUGAAUCUGUCUGCACCGUUUAUUAGCCAGUUCUUCAAGGAGUCCUUGAUGAAAGUUAUGCCUUAUGUUGACAUCCUUUUUGGAAAUGAGACGGAAGCUGCCACUUUUGCUAGAGAGCAGGGCUUUGAGACUAAAGACAUUAAGGAGAUCGCCAAAAAGACACAAGCUCUUCCAAAGGUGAACUCGAAGAGGCAGCGAAUUGUGAUCUUCACCCAAGGGAGAGAUGACACUAUAAUGGCUACAGAAAAUGAAGUCACUGCUUUUGCUGUCUUGGAUCAAAACCAGAAAGAAAUUGUGGACACCAAUGGAGCUGGAGAUGCAUUUGUUGGAGGGUUUCUCUCUCAGCUGGUUUCUGACAAGCCUCUGACUGAAUGCAUCCGGGCUGGCCACUAUGCAGCAAGUGUCAUAAUCAGACGAACUGGUUGCACCUUUCCCGAGAAGCCAGACUUCCACUGACAGAGGAAAACCCAGGCUCGCAAGUAGACAUAGCCCUGAGUGCCUCCUCAGAGUUCCCACAAUAAUAAAGAAAAUGAUCUGCUCUUUUCCUACUAUAAUAAUGUUUAUUCUCAAUCUAGAGAGUGCAGUACUGCUCCUAGAAUCUUUAGCCUCUCUGCAAUCUGGAAAAAAAAAAGUUUAUUUCCAUAGCUUGUUACUGCCUCUUAAAUGUCAAUCAGGAAUAUAACAUUUCAAGAGAAAUGUUUAUUUAAUUUCCAGUUCCUUUGUAAAUUCAUCUGUAUUUAGUAAAUCGAUCAGUUUUUUUUACAUUUCUGCUUUAAAUACAGGUGCAAUUUAAUAUAAUAAACUUUUUAAAGAGAGUAAUCCUAACACAUCAAUCUUUAGCUUUUUAUAUGAAUAUAUUUAAUUUGCAAGUGUGUGCACACACACAUAGAUAAGUCGCACAUGUAUACCUGAUAAUUGGUCAGAUAAGGUACAAUGUCUAUCAUGCCAAAUUAUUCCAAGUAAGUGCUUCAGUAUACAACUGGACCUGUGAUGAGCUUUGGAUAAUUGAAUGAUUUGCCAAAUUUUGAAUUAUGUUACAGGAUUCGAAUCAUAACCUGUGCUUACUUACGGUACUCUGUAAUUUGAUACAAAUAAAAACUUGUCAUAUGGGGA